GAGGCAUUUCUCAGGUUCAAGGCGCUCGGAGCCGAUUUGGGCUGUUGGUGGCGGUGACUCCGGGUUUACCUGACCAGCAUUUCUGUAUCCGGUAUUAUCCCGAGUUACACAAUCUCACGUCCAAUAUCCAAGAUGCCCCUCAAUAUGAGUUGAAAGAUCUAACGGAUCUGUCCUGGGAGGACACUUGCCCGGAAAUCAGGACGAGUGACCCGCGUGCUGAUUUACCCGAUCUCACGCAAAAGGUGGCGUUAGUAUCGGCUCAAAAUGCCAGCGGGAAUUGUUCCAUUGCCGAUCGAGCCCAUAUCCUCGAGACUCACCAUGCCGUGGGAUUGAUUGCCGAUGAUUCCGUCCCCACCCGGUUCAACGCCUCUGAGCACACCACCAACAUCUUCGUGACCGCUCUGUUCCACCCGGAUACCAAGCAAAAACUCCUGGACAUCAAGCAGUCCCAUCCCAAGUCCAAAUUCAUCGUUUACGGUCCGGAAGAGGCCGAGCGCACUUUGGACGGGAGUCUCAUUCUCAUAUUCUGCAUGGCUGUCUUCACCGUGGGAUUGGGGUCCUUGUGGUCUGGGUACACCAAACACAGCUUAAGACUCACGCAUGAACGAAAGCUUCCAAAUUCGAGCGCAGAUGGAGCUCGAUAUGCGGAAGAUGGCUCUGCUCCGGGGGAUGGAGCCCAUGUACCGGAUCCACAAGCAGCCAAUCAAGAUCAUAAUGAGGCCAUGUCUGUCAGCAUCACGCCGAUAUGGGUGAUUUUCUUCGUGUUUGGCAUGUGUUCCAUGCUCAUCCUUUUGUACUUCUUCUUCAACUAUUUAGUUUAUAUCGUGAUUGGAAUGUUCGUUCUGGCCUCGAUCAUCGCCACCUAUGCUUGUUUUGAGCCAAUGAUCAUGUGGAGCUAUCACGCAUUUCCUUGCUGUCCCACGCUUAGGAUCCCACGCUGCAAUCUCUACUUAUGUGUCAUCAACAUGGAGCUCCGGCAGUUCAUGUUGCUUUGCGUCUCCGUGGGACUGUCCCUGGUCUGGCUUGUCUUUCGAAAGGAGGAUUGGGCUUGGAUCCUCCAAGACUUCCUCGGUAUCAUGUUCAGUUUGAACAUGUUGAAGACCCUCCGUUUGCCCAGUUUCAAGAUUUGCACCAUUCUCCUCAGUAUUCUGUUCUUCUACGACAUAUUCUUCGUCUUCAUAACACCCUUGUUCACCAAGAAUGGCAAGUCUGUGAUGGUGGAAGUGGCCACUGGAGCUGAUACUGGCGAGCAGCUACCCAUGGUCCUCCGAGUACCUCGAUUGACUUACAACCCACUUCAUGCUUGCUGGAUCCCGUACUCAAUCUUGGGAUUCGGGGACAUCCUUGUUCCUGGCCUGCUGGUCUCCUAUUGUCACGCAUUUGACCUCUUGCGAGAGACCCCCUGCAAAAUCUAUUGGGUCGUGUCCAAUGUCUUCUACGCCUUGAGUUUGAUUGCCACAUUCAUAUCCCUCCUAUUGAUGGAGUCCGCCCAACCCGCUCUCCUCUACAUCGUUCCUUUCACCUUAAUACCCAUGGCCACAGUGGCUGGUGUCAGGGGAGAAUUCAAGGAGUUCUGGUUGGGAGACAAAUUCUUUGAUGAGGAUGGAGACUUGGACGAGAGUGUUCAUGAUUGUCCGCCAACGAUGGCUACUGAUCCGGAAUUGUCAGACCCUCCCGCUGUCAGAUCGACUUCGGGCUCUUCAUUAGCCAAGAUCAAAACCAAGCCCAAAGAAGAAGAUGUUCAUCGUCUCAUCGAUUGAUACGAUACCAUGGAGGUUCGGAUUCUUGCCCGAUAAAACUUUUUUGUGCGUUUGUGUGUUUUGCGAUUUCGGUUGCAAUUCUCGUGAAGUUUUCGAAAUCAUCUCCGUUACCCUGGACUAGCUUUUGGAAUGAGUUACACGCUUUCCGAGUUACUCAUGAGCAAGGUCAAAACGUCCUCCUCUUGUAGACACUUCUCAAUGUCUUUGCUCAUUGAAAAAAAUACCAAUGAAUUAAUUACUUAUCGAACUUUGUUCCUUUUGGUUGGAAGACCCUUUAAACUAGUCAGAAUUGGACACCCCACUGAUAUAUUAUUAUGCGGCAUAACCUAACGUCUAAUCAAUAAAUAAAACUAUACUAUC